CGGUUAGGCAAGUUCGUCCCGUGGAAGAGGCGUUAUGCCUGUUGAGGUGCUGAAAGGGACCCUGCAGGGGUUCAAAACUUCGCUGCCAAAUCGUCUCCAGAAAGUCGAUUUGAAGCAUUUGCGGCUGGGGUGUAACUGUGCCAACAAAUAUUUUCAGGGAGCGGUUGUUAUUUCCUAUCCAUUAACUAGACUUGAAAAUGGAAAAGCAUUCUUCAAAAUUGUACUUCAAGAAUCUGAAAACUCAAGUUCUAGGACUGACACUAUCAAUAUGUUACUGUUUGGGAAGUUGGCAGAGGACUCUGAAAAAGUGGUUCAUCAAGGGGAUACCCUCGUGGUAGCUGGAUUCAGCUUGACUAAAUCCGCUAGUGAAGAUGGCAGGCAUUGCUGCCAGCUGGAAAUGUCUGAUGAGACUGGGUCAACUAUUUAUAUUUGUCCUAAGUCACCAUGUACUGCAGCUGCUUCAGAAACAGUAUCCAUAUCUGUUGCCCCCAAGUAUACAUAUACUCCUCUGAAUCAUCUGAAAGGCGGUACUGUUGUCAACUUGUACGGUGCUGUGAAAUUCUUCAAACCUCCAUACGUAAGCAAAGGAACUGAUUAUUGUUCAGUGGUAACCAUUGUGGACCAGUCAGACACUAAGCUGGUUUGCACACUUUUCAAUGCAAACAGAGAUGCCCUUCCAAAAAUCUACAAAAAUGGUGACAUCGUUCGAUUUCAUAGAAUAAAGGUCCAAGAAUUCAAUGGACAGAUGCAAGGAGUUACCAGUAAUGGAUUUGCAGCACUCACUUUUGAUGGCACAGUAGGAGCACCAGUGGUUCCACGAACCACUAGCAAAUUAUUCACGUUUACAGAAGAAGACAAGAAAACAGUAGAAGACUUGCGCAUUUGGGUGGCAAGUAAUUCUUCAAACUCUGUGCCAGCAGCAAACUUGUCAAGCAUCCAGCCACAAAUGUUUUUUGACCUCACUUGCCAGCUAGUUGGGAAAGCAAAAGUAGAUGGAGCUUCCUAUCUCCUUAAGGUAUGGGAUGGCACCAAAUGUCCCUUCCCAUCUUGGAAAGUGCUUGUUAAAGAAGAUGACCUCGAAGGAGAUAGUGUUCUCAUCAAUCAACUGAAAAAUCUGACUGUGGAUGUUGUAGUGUACGAUAACCAUGUACAGCUGGCAAAAUCACUGAAGGUUGGAAACUUCAUCAGAAUGUACAGUUUGCAUGCAAAAACUCAAAGCCCUGAAGGCAAGCCUGAUGUUUCAUAUGUACAGUUUCAUCUUCAUGGGGGCACUGGUUAUGGCCGUGGGAUUACAGUCCUGCCAGAAAACCACACAGAUGUCAAAAAACUAAAGGCAUUCCUGGACUCUCUGGAUUUGAGAAAAUACGCAGGUUCAGAAAUCCCUUCUGCAGAACCUGAGGACUCUUAUCUUACAUUAGGAUCCUGUUUAGAGGCUUACCAGGAGCUAUCUGUUACAGUGCUAACUGAUCACCAGCAUUUUGAUGUGACAGCAGUGAAUACUAUUUUGAAUAGCAGAAUUCCUCAACAGUAUCGCAUCAGAGCUAAGCUGAGAAGAUUUGAACCAAAGAAGCUCCAUCAAUCUAUUAAACUUCUUUGUCCGCAGUGCAACUUGUUGCAAGAAGUUCCAGAUGUGACCGAGUUUGAUACACUUUUACAAGCUUCAGCUACACGUCCAAAUCCAGAUUCACAAAAUAUACCCUUUUGUGAAUCUGUUGUGUGGGAUAUUGAAAGCCAGGGAAGUCGAUAUGUAGCUGUUCAUUUUGUAACACGUUAUGAACUACUUCAAGAGCCCGAAGACAGUUUGAUUAUGAUAGAAGGAGGGACUCUAAGGGACAUCUUAAGGCUUUCCAAAAAGUUUAAAGGAAUUAUACCUGUAAGAUCUGUAGAAGAUAACCUUGUUUUACUGGACCUUUCAGUGCCAUUUUUUUGGCAAGGGAAUAUUCAAUACUAUGGGUGUCAGCGUUGUUCAGACCCAAAGGCAGUGGCGAGUCUGUCUGCCCUUGCUGUACAGCAGAAUGCAUCAUGGGAACCCACUACAAUAGCAGAAGCUUUAGGCAUUGUCCUCCUUCAGUAUGUUUUUGUGAUGAAGUUUACCCUGGAUGAUGGAACAGGAACACUAGAUGCAUACCUCGUUGAUGCUGAAAAUUUUUUCCAAAUUCCUGCAUCUGAAGUCCUGACCAGUAAUAUUUUUCAAGAAGACAUGGAGAGGAUUAUGAACAAACUUUGCCCAACAGGAAGAAAUCCAGAUGGCUUGCCGUGGUUGGAAUGCUUCAUCAAAUCUUAUUAUGUCAAGAAUGGAAGAGAAGAACAACUUUCCUAUCAGAUUUUUGACACCAUGAUCGCCGAAGAUGUUUGAUACAUCAAACUACUUAAAAAAUUCAAGUCCUGUGAUGCUUGUUGCUUUCCUUUAAAUUUGUAAGUGCUGUGGAGCACUAGAUUACAAUGUUUGCUUUUAUAUGAGAUGUGAAAAUGGAACGUUGCACGUGUCUCAAAAUUAAUAUGGUAUGUCCACUUUGUCCCCUUGCAGAUUCUUGUAUGUUCAUUGAAAGUUUUGUAGUUUGGCAGCAUAUUAUCAGAGGUUUUGUAUCCAAACAACUCGCAGUCUUGCUAGUAAACAUAUUACGUCCUGGUGGUCAUUUCCAAAGUUGAACAGAAAUUCUUUGAAGAAAUGAUUAUAUUCCUUUUGGAUAUUGAUGGAUCAAAGAACAAUGCAACGGCUUGGAUAAUUGUGUGUGUUGAUAUGCUGGUAUUAUGAGCCUGGUAGAUACUCUGCCAUGCAAGAAUUUUUUUGAUGGCAGAAUGGGAUAGAGUUUCUCAGAUGUACCAUGUAUCUAUGACUGAGGACUGCAGAAGUGACACUGGUUCCAAAAAUGGGGUGCAGUGGAUAGAAUUAUAUAUUCCUAUCUUUGGGUUCAGCUUAUAAGUUAACCAAAUAAGGUUUUCCCUAAAUAAUGAAACAGAACGUUGGUCCCGUUAUUGCAGUGCAUUAGCCAUCUAUGCAGGCAGCCACAGGGUUAUACAAUGGCACAGUUACUUUCCUUGGCACCUCAUGUUUUAUCUUGACCUAAUGGUGAGUUGCUGUGUCUCUUCUUUCUUACAGAUAGGAAAAGUAUCAGCAGCUAAGCUUGCGACCCUUGUUUAUCAGAAUAAUCCUCGUACAUAUAAAUGUACACACUAGAACAAUGACAUUUCAGUUUGGUGGAUGUGUUGUAUGGCCUCAAUAUUUAAGUGUUAAUAUUAGGGGUGGCCAAGUAAUAGAAUUAGUUUCAAGUACCUUUCAGGCAAGUGUUCUGUCUGGUUGUACUCCAGUUACAUAUUUGCUUACCAUUCCAUGUUACACAUGAUCUAAGAAACUAAAUUUGUGGUUGGAUUAUGUUCCUACUGAUCUCCUCUACCUUUGGUGUAAUCUGAUUUGGUGGCCAAUUUGAGACUGAGACUUUAAGGCCACUAAGUUGCUUUACUGAUUGAGUCCCAGCAUGAAACAGCUACUCGGCUUUCUUUGUUUUUUAACCUGUAAGUCAAUAAUAUUUUUGGAUUCCAUGCUAGACUUGAAUGCAAAAAAAAUUUCAUCCAGUAAGGAAGAACCUUUUUAUGAAAUCCAUUUCAUACUUGCAACAAACUACUAUAUAAAGUUUCACCAAAUUACUUGACAUUGUGCUCACAGUAAAAUUUGUUUUGAUGCAGAUUAUAUGGAUUCUAGGAUAUAGGAAUAAUUCUUCUUCUAGCCUGUUCUUUAAAAAAUCAUUGAAUUUUAGGUAGCCUAACAGUUGCACUGAGCAAUGGAAGCUUUCCUUUGCAGUGCUAUAUGUCUUUCGGAGGGCAAAAUAGCUGCAAAUAGUUCAACUGCAGCAGAGUUAAGAGAAUGGCUUUCUCUAAUUUAGUAGACCUUUGUUGCUUUGCAAAAGCACAUGUGACUGGCAAUAAUUCUGAAGGCAGCCUGCUGUGUUACACUGAUCAGUGCAAAAUUAAAAUUUGAAAUUGGUAUGCCUGUCACUUGACACCGUUGCAACUUAAUGCUAUUUAUUUUAAUGGGAUAAAAAACAAUUAUGAAAACAAUUAAUGCUUGGCCAGGGACACAAUCGAAUGCCCACAAAGUGGUGUCUUGUUCUUUUAAAACCAUUGAACUAUUCCAGUGUAGAGAUCUCCAUGAGUUACUUAGUUAUAGUAAAGUCAAAGUAAAUGGACAGGUCUUGUUUGCAUGGAGCUUGAGCUGUUGCGCAUUUAAUGGCAUCACCAGAGGAGAGUUCUAGUGCACUGCAAUUAACUAUUUGUGCAUUUUUUUGAAAGGUUAAUUUCCAGACAUCUGUAGCAUGUAAGGUAGCAUGCUAACACAACAAUCAGACUUUUUUGGUUGUGCACUUGUUGCAUUGUAAAUAUAUGUGCGUAUGACUUUAUGUAAUCUCAGAAAUCAAGAGUAAAUAAGGCAAUGAGUUUAGACAUUUUGUUCACCAGACUCAUUUCAAUAAUUUCAGUUCAAUUUUGUAGGGCACUGAUUUUCAUACACAAGAUCUGUCAUUUUUUCAGGAUAGUUUGGUACAAUGUAGAGCCUGUAUAGAGUAUUUAAUGAUACAAAGAUAUCUGUUAAAUAAAUACUUUUUAUUUUUA